AUGACUGAGAAAGGAGUUCACAUAGAAGGUGUCGACUACUAUACCUUGACCGAGCGCCCACAAUCUGGCAAUGGCCACCCCGAGCGCCAUGUCCUGCUAGCCCAUGCACUCAUGAGCAACCUCCACAUGUACGACCAAACCGUCAAAGCUCUAACCAAUGCCGGCUUCACAACCAUUCGCUUCGACCACAUCGGUCACAACAACACCCCAGCUCCAUCCAGCAAUGCAUCAUACCAUAUGGAUGAUCUCACCCGACACAUGCACCAGCUCGUAGAAGCGACAACCGGUCAGAAACACCUUCAUGCAGUGAUCGGGUGCAGUAUAGGCGGUGUUCUGGCCUUGCGUUACGCCAUGUUAUAUCCUGGGAACGUCGAAAAGGUCAUAUCCAUUGCAGCGCCUGGGAUUGUGACUCCGGAGCCGUCCAAAGCACUCUGGUCGCAACGCAUAGAGCAGUUCGAGGAAGACUCGCGGAGUGGAGGCAGUGUGCUUUGCCACGCAACAGUGAACCGCUGGUUUCCUGGCGAAAGGGCUGAAGAUGAUUCGGUCCGGGCAGAGGCACUAUCGCAUGUCAAGACUUGCUCCUUGGCCGGGUACAAGAUGCUCGCGGACACGAUUAGGGAUUAUGACUACGGGGACGAGGUUCGAGGGAUUAGAGAUGUGAAGUGUUUGGUCGUUGCUGGGAGUGAGGACAGUGCGGUCAGUCCGGGCUUGCUGAAGGACGUGGCGAGCAGGAUUGUUGGAGCGGAGUUUGUGAGGAUGGAGGGUGCUGGGCAUCUGCCGCCUAUGCACAAGGUGGAGGAGCUCAACGGGAUGAUGUUGGCGUUUUUGGAGGGUUGA